AUGCAUCUUGAGAAGAAAACAUCAACCGAAGAGACACCAAUGGAUGGUCGAGAUCUCAUAUGUCCAAUAUGCAUGACUAUUGGCGAAGAUCCUCAUAUAACAUCAUGUUGCCAUCGAGUAUUUUGUUCAAAAGAUGCUAAUUCAAGAAAAUAUGAUAAUGGUUGUCCAUUAUGUCGUGCAGAAAAUUAUUCAUUUCAACAAUCUACUAAACAUAAAGAUAUGCUGGAUAAACUUACAAUACAAUGUACUUGUUCAGAACGAGUGCUUCAUCAUGAAUACGAACAUCAUUUGGCACGAUGUUUAAAUAUAACAUUUACUUGUCCUCAUAAUGCCUGUAUAGAAAAUAACGAGACAAAGAAAUAUAAUUCCCAAGAACUUGUCAAGCAUCUUGCACGAGCACAUUGUGAUGAAGUACCAAUGCUUGGUUCAACAUAUAUAAAUAAAAAAUCACUCGAACCAUAUAAAAAAGCAUCCGCUAAGUAUGAGGAUCUUGUUUCAACAUUAUAUACUGAACUUUAUCCAAAAAUGAUUGAUGUACAAAUAAAAAAUUCACCAAAUAUUAUAGAAACUUCUCCAAUAUUUAAAUGUCAUAAUGGACAUCCAUUAAUUGAUGCUGAUCGUACAAAACGUAAACGUAAAGAUGGUAGUUCAUAUUCUUCAUCAGGUUUUAGCUGUGACAUAUGUCACCGAUCAUUUCCAAGUGGUCAAUCAUGGCAUUGUUCAUGUGCUCAAAGUGGUUUUGAUAAAUGUGUUGGUUGUGUUGUUUUUCAAUUAUAUGAUAUUCAUAAUGAUGCAUUAACAUUAGCAAGUCAAGAUAAUGAAGAACAACAACAUCGUUUUAGACGACAAACAAUACGAAAUGCUGUACGUUUACCACGAGGAUUAUUUCGUUUAUUAACCAGUAAUAUGGAUGACGAUGAUGAUGAUGAUGAUGAUGAUACUGAUGAUAUUGUAUUACGACGUGCAUCAUCAUUUUUAACUCAACAUACUACAUUUGAAGGAACAGAUGAUGAUGAAAUUGAAGUUAAUCCUCGUGAAAAUUAA